AUGGCAGGAGCUUUGAUUGGAGAGGCUUUUCUCUCUGCUUCCAUCCGGAAGAUGUGCGAUAAGAUUGGUUCCCGCGAGUUCUUGGAUCUGUUUCGGGGGAAAAAGCUUGAUCUUUCGCUCGUGGAGAAGCUGAAGCUGACGUUGAUGACCCUUCGUGCAGUGCUCAAUGAUGCAGAGGAGAAGCAGAUUGUCGACCCUGCUGUGGGAAGCUGGCUCGACGAGCUCAAACAUGCUGUCUUUGAUGCGGAGGAUCUACUUGAUGAGAUCGAUGCUAAAGCUUUGCGCUCCAAGGUGGAAGCUGAAUAUCAAACUAAGAAAACCCAGGUGAAGAACUUCCUAUCUACCUCUCUUAAUCCGUUUUAUUCAAAAGGGAUGGAGAUAAAGACAAGUUGA